AUGGGACAAUACGGCAUGCAGGAUGCUGGCAUUGAUACAAGCUCAAGCAGAGCAGUAGAGUCUUGGCUUUCAGGCACUUGGCUCUUGGCCAAUACCAUCCUUCUUCUCUUCCACAUCCUCAUAUUCAUUCUCCAGCACAAGCUCAAACUCACCCACCUGCUCAUUGGCCUCUUGGCCCUAACCUACCUAGUGAUGCUGCUAAUGAGUUACUACAUAAGGCACACAUUUUCCAUCCUGUUGACCUUCAGGGAAACCUUCUUUAUGGGUAUCAUGGUCUUUUCGGGUGGAUACAUGAUCACUCUCUUGUGCAGACAUAGGAAGCAGUCUCAGCAUCUUCACAGCAUCAGCCUUUCUGCAAAAGCCUCCCUAGAACCACGAGCUACCCAGACCAGUCUGCUGCUCAUGAAUUUCUUUAUGGUAAUAUCCAUUUUGGAGACCAUUAUCACCUACUCAAGGAUUAUGUUGAAUGAUGAUCCAAUACUUUACAAUAUCCAGAUUCUU